AUGGACAGGUCAUCCAAUGCCGUAAAUGGCGCGUCUGCCAACCAGGCACACAUCCCACGCCCCACGCCUGUCCGCGAAUCAUCUGCUACCUCGAUGCGGAGACUUGAUCUCGCACAAACCACAAAACAGAUGACACAGGCUUCUCCAUCUGUGUCUGCUGGUACAUCUGCCAGCGCAUCCCCGUUUGCUUCACGAGAGCCGUCACCCGCCCGUCCCUCUGCACGAUCGCACAGCGCCAUGAAAGUAGCCACAGCAGCUGCCACAUCCGCAGCGCCGACACCAGCACAACCGCCACCGGCUCCUCUCACAUCUUCAAAACAGUCCCCGCAACCGUCCGCUUCAGCAACACCCACGACUCGGUCGCGCAGAAACAGCCAGCAAGAGACGAGCCCGUCACGAAGUCGAACCAGCAAGCCCGCGGCUGCGACGCAAAAGGCUGCCACUCUCGCCUCUUCGACAAUCCCCACUCUUCUUCCGACCGCAUCCGAUGCGCCCACCGCUCGCGCGCCCGGACCCCAGAAAUCGGAACAGCCACGUGACAAUCCGCGGUGGCCUGUCUCUCCACGCCUACGCUCGCCUCCUCCCGUCCUCAACCGGCCUAACCUCCCGGCGUCUGCGACAACCUCCGAUAUCCCCUCGAUCAACCUGCAGCGCACAUCCGCUGCAUCGCCAUCACUCGACGCCGCGCCCGCUCCUUCCGACAGCGAAGCCGAGGACCUGUACCUUCAGCCGGGCAUGCGCACUCCCGUGCGCGGCGUAAGCGGCAAUGUGCCAACGCUCGAAACUGUGCAGGAGGCCAGCCCUCUGGCUGGCUCCUCCCGUGCCGUUGAUGCGGCAAUGGAGAAGCUUGAGGUUGCCAGUGUAACAUCUGAUGCUGGCACUACCACAACAAUGCCUGAAGUCGCCGAGGUGUCCCCCGCACGGACGAUUCGAGCGCGCCAGCUCGCCUCCCAAAAUUAUGAGAGUGGGAGUGAGAACGGAAGCACAAAGAACAACCGGCGCACAGCAGCAUCGGGAUCUGCACCGCCACCUCUUGCGCCCCGUAACUCGAGCACCGUCAAAUUGUCCGGCAAAGGCAAGUCGGGCGAGGCGUCCCAGCCCACGAUGACCGUCGAGACCGAGACGGUAACGUCGAUCCCGAAUGUUGCUCUGGGCCCCAGCGCAGCCCAAGGCCCGAACGGCAGUUUGCGCACGAAGCCAAGUUCAGAAACUAUCCGGCCCAAGAAGGAAAAGAAGAAGACGGCACGGAAACAGUCAGCUGUCCCACCUGGCACCGCAACCUCAAAGGCCGACAUCUUUGAGGCCAAGGUGGCGAGCGCUGUCGACGAGGCGAACACAUCCGACUCGGAAGAGACGUUUGUGUACGAUUCGAAUCCGGCAGAUAGCCGUGACCGCCCUCACCGCUUCCAUCAUUCACGGACGCCAAGUGCUACGUCCCUGGCCAACAACCAGAAUGGUAUGCGGUCGAUCCACAGCAUCCUCGAGGGUGCUGGCCCGAGUGCAGCGGUCAAAAAGGGCAUGAAGUUUGUCAACACAUUUGGCAGCGGCAGCGGUAACGACAGUGGUGUGGGCGGCGAUGACGAAACCAACACGGCUACGAUCCGCGGCGUGACACCCGGGUCUGGCCGCGGCACUGCCCGCCUCCAUCACCAUGUCGGGGCUAGCGGUAGCCACAUUGGCCGAUGGGGCCUCAAUGGACCGAAGAACGGACACCAGUCUAUUCUCGACAGUGAGUCGCCUUUCCCGGUCCAUUCGGGCUCCCGACUCAAAACGUCUGUGAGCGGUGCGGCCAACGGCGCCACAUUACGCCAGGCAGGGGGCGCCAGCAGCCCACGACCGUCAGGUGGUAGCGGCCGGGGCAAUGGUGGAGCGUUUUCGCAGAAGAGAGGUUUUGGUAACGGAACCUUUGGCUACGAUAUGGACGACACGACACCUGGUCAGGCCGACGACGAGCGAACACCUCUGAUAUCUUCAUCGGUGCGCGGCCCGGGCCGCGCCUCCCGUUCACGCCGCAAUCACAUGUCGCUACGAUCACUGGAGCAGCAGUCGUACCAGCAUCCGGCACCAUCGUUCUUGAACCGCUUUGCCAGCUGCCUGGUGUUGACCGUCAUGCUUAUGCUUGUGAUCUCAGGCGCGAUUGGUUUCAUGUUUGCGACGUCCCAGCCGCUCGAGGAUAUCGAGCUGGUUAAAAUUAGCAGCGUGCUUGCCAGCGAGCAGGAACUGAUGUUCGACCUGAUGGUACGCGCACAUAACCCCAACGUGGUUGUGGUUUCCGUGGACUCGGCCGACAUGGAGGUCUUUGCCAAGUCGCCCCAUGCUGGAACCGAUUCUGAAUGGUGGCGGCGCCCGCAUCCUGACGGCCACUCUGUUCACACGAACGACGCUCGCGGCGAGGACAGCGACAACAGCACCCACCUUGGCGUCUUGGAUAACGAACCGCGGGACCAGCCCGAUAGCUCGCCGAAUUUCUUACUGGGCAGAUUUACCAAGUUCGACAACCCAUUGUCCUUUGAAGGAUCCUUCUUCCACCACGGCCUAUCUACAUCCAGAAGUGGCGUGCGUAUCAGGCGUCCGGGUAACGGUACAGACGGUGGCUCGGAGCGCUGGGAGCGGAUUCUUGACGACGAGUUCGACCUCAUUAUCAAGGGUGUCUUGCGGUAUUCGCUACCACUCAGCCAGCGCGUCCGCAGUGCUUUGAUCGAGGGCCGAGUCAAGGUCAAACCGAACGCGGCUGAGGAUCCGGCACACCCUCCGAAUGGCACGGCGACCAUUUCGCAAACCAACUAG